AUGACAAACCUCAAGACUUUGUUAACAGCCACCUUCCUGGCCACUGGAGGCUUCCUCUUCGGCUAUGAUAGUGGUAUCAUCACCUCGACCAUUGGUCAAACCCAAUUCAUCAAAUAUUUCUCCAACCCCAGCGACACAGUAACCGGCGGCAUCGUAUCAGCCUUUCAAGGCGGCGCGAUCCUAGGAACAAUCAUCAACAUCUUCACUGGUGAUCGACUGGGCCGAAAAUGGUCGGUCUUUACGGGUGCUUGUAUCUCCUGCUUUGGAUGUGCGUUGCAGGCUGGCGCUGUAAACAUGACGAUGCUGAUUAUUGGUCGCUUCAUUGCUGGUGCCGCUGUUGGUAUGCUGACCUCGGUCAUUCCUAUGUAUGCUGGUGAGAUUGCCGAGUCCUCAUCUCGAGGUAUGAUGUCGGGACUGUUGCAGUGGAUGUUGAGUUGGGGAUUCCUGGUUGCGCAGUGGCUGGGAUAUGGCUGUUCGUUUAAUGAGACACAAUUCCAGUGGCGCUUCCCUCUCGCCUUCCAAUGUCUCCCCGGUCUCGCCCUGAUGAGCGGAGUGCUCUUCCUCAAUGAAUCGCCGCGCUGGUUGAUGGAGAAAGACCGCCACGAGGAAGCCCUCGCCGCCCUCCAGAACCUGCACGGCAACGGCACACCCGAGAAAGCGGAAUACAUUGAGCUGGAAUUCCAAGAAAUCCGCGAGACGAUCGCAGCAGAGCGGGCGCAAACCAAGAUCUCCUGGACAACUAUUCUCCGCAAGCCGUCCUGGCGUCGCCGUCUCAUCCUGGGCUGUGCCGUGCAAGCCUUUGGCCCUCUUUCCGGUAUCAACGUGAUCAACUACUACGGCACACGCAUCUACUCCUCCCUCGGAAUCGACACCCAGACCUCCCUCAUGAUCAUCGGGAUUAGCGGUGCCCUCUCUAUCGUAUACUGCACCGGUGGACUCUGGGCCCUCGAGCGCGUCGGCCGUAUCAAGCCGCUCAUCUUCUCUGCGGCGGGUAUGGCCGCAGCACUCGUCUGCAAUGCAGCCAUGUCGCAGCAUUUCAACGAAGAUAAUACGAACCAGCUACGCGCUAUGGUGGCCAUGAACUUCGUCUUCAGUUUCUUCUAUACCUUUGUCGGGAUCAUUUCUUGGGUAUACCCAGCUGAGAUUUUCCCCGUGGAUGUUCGCAACCAGGGUAAUUCGCUGACCACGUUCACGAACUGGACUAUCAAUUUGGUCUUUGCGCAGUUCUCGCCGAAUGCGCUGUCUACGAUUGGAUUCCGUUAUUUUUAUGUCUUUUUCGUUUUUAAUCUGGUCGCCAUGUUGGCCUAUAUCUUUUUCUUCCCUGAGACCAAGGGUAAGACGUUGGAGCAGAUGGAUGUUCUGUUUGGUGAUGAGGCGCCGGCUGGGCUUGAGAAUGAGAAGGAGACUGUUGAGGUGGUGGAGCAUGCUAGCAAGUGA